AUGACAUCCACAAACCCCGACCCCUCCGCCGCAGCCCCGGCCUUCAUCCCCCUCGAAGCCAACCCGGAGCUCAUGACCUCCCUCCUCCACAAGCUCGGCCUCUCCCCGGCCCUCCAGAUCCACGACGUCUACUCCCUCACCGACCCGGACAUGCUCUCCUUCGUCCCGCGCCCCGCCCUCGCCGUCCUCCUCGUCUUCCCCGUCAGCGCCGCCUACGAGAGCCAUCGACUGGCCGAGGACGCCCUGCUGGACGAGUACAAGGGUAAAGGCCCGCAGGAGCCCGUUUUGUGGUUCCGCCAGACGAUUAGGAAUGCGUGCGGUCUCAUGGGGUUGUUGCAUGCUGUUGCUAAUGGGCCUGCGAGGGAGUAUAUCCAGAAACCAUCCGACCUCAACACCCUACUCGAAACAGCCGAGCCCCUCGAACCCGCCUCCCGCGCCCAGCUCCUCGAGAAGACGCCCGCCCUCGCCACGGCGCACCGCGAAGCCGCGUCGCAGGGCGCGACCGAGGCGCCCGAGGCCUCGGACGACGUGGACCUGCACUACGUCUGCUUCGUGCGCGGCGACGACGGCACGCUGUGGGAGCUCGACGGGCGGCGCAAGGGCCCGCUGAACCGCGGCCAGCUCGAGUCCGGCGAGGAUGUGUUGAGCGAGAAGGCGCUGACGUGGGGCCCGCGCAAGUUCCUCGAGAGGGAGGGCGCGGAUUUGCGGUUUAGUGCUGUUGCGUUGGCUGGGUCUCUUGAUUGA